AUGAACAGAAGAGAGCUUGGCAAACACGACCAUUCAGCCAUUUUUUUCUGGAAUUCUGGUUCAAUCAUGUUCAAGUUCAGACGUGCACGUGUUGUGAAUAUAAAUGCUAAAAAUGUAGACAAAGAUAAACUUCUUGCUAUUGCUCUAGACUCUGGUGCAGAUGAUGUCAUUGACCCCUUGAUUGAUGAAGAUGGCAUGGAAGAAGAUUUGGAAAGGCACUACAAAGUAGUGAGUUCGCUGGAAAACUACACUGACGUAUUGUCAAAACUACGGGAAGAGGGAAUAACAUUUGAAACUGAUAAUGGGUUCGAGCUUCUUUCCUUAUCACCUAUCGAGGUUGAUGAUGAGGCUAUGGACUUGAACAAGGAGUUGAUGGCUAAACUGCUUGAGCUGGAUGAUGUUGAUGCAGUGUAUACAGACCAGAAUUACAUAGUUAUUGUGUUAAGCUACAAGUAUUUGUUUGCCGAAGGAAAAAGCCCCAUGCCAUUGUCGAAAGUCGCCCGCGCACUUCGCCCAGGCCGCCAACUGUCGGCUUGUGAUGCUCGCAACACUGCCCAGGCCACCGGCAACGGGCAAGUGCCGAGACUCGCCCAUAAGAAUUUCACUAGAAAUCACAAACUUUAA